AACGUAUUAUGCCUUAUUUUCACAAUUCGCAUAUUUGCUGCCUUAGGAACUGUUUUCAUUAGUUUUGGUUCAGAUACUCUUCAGGCUCGGUCCUUAUCCAAUUUCCGAGACCUCAGUAAUCUGCCACACACCUACUCACAUUGCCUCUUUCUAUUUCACUGGCGCUAGUAAAAUAUUGAAGUCCAAUAGCAAUUAUUUUCAAUGAGCCACUUUUUGCUGCCUCGCUGGGUCUUGUUUGGACUCCUGGUUGUUUGGUCUCCUUUUAACCCCCGGUCUGAGACUGUUUGCAAUGCGGGGCAGUGAGACUGUCAUCGGCCCAAGGCGCGCAAGCGAUGAGAUGCGGAAAAAACGCCCGUACUAGCAUCUUCUCAUCAAAGAUGGCCAAUUCCUUAAGAUCCAAACCCAAAUUGCGGGCAAAAAGUGUUAAAAGAAAAGGGGAAUUCACCAAGUUUGUGGACGACAGAAAUGCCCGUUUAGCUGAGAAGACAAGGUUGAACUUGCAGAAGCAGAACGAGGAAAAAAUGGCGGAGGACACUCCUAUAGAAGAGGCAUCUGAGGACGCUGCCAGCAAAAUCUCCAACACAUCCGGCAGAAGUGCAGCCGCAAGAAAGAAGAUGAAGGUCAAGAAGUCCAGAAACAAGAAGCUCAAGUUUUGAAUGUAUUUUUGUGGACUGUCUCAUCUCAGCCGCACCCCAAGUUCAGGGGCUACUCGCAGCUUCAAUAAACGUACGCUCGUCAAGGUAGUCGGCAUUACCGUCUGAGGAAUCUCUCGUCUUAACAGCAUCUUCUUUCAGUUCCAAUAUCUCGAUCAUUCAUUACAAAGUAUAGUUAAUUUUAAAUAAAAGGCACGUCAAGGAAGUUGCCUGCGUCCAUAGUAACACGUAGUUCUUGAACGCCAACCAAAAAUCCAAGAGCAGGAGU